AUGUCAAGACCAAAUCAACCAAUGUUUCAACGCACAUCUUCAGGUACCAACCUCGCAGACUAUGGCAUAUCAUCAGUCAAACGAUCAUCAUUCCAGCCCAAAAAUGUCCUUCAAACUCCAGGAAUCACGAGACAAUCUUCUGAAGCCGAGAGGCGAAGCAGUAUUUACAGGCCAAGGCAGUCAAUGGUGGGAGGCGUGAAUAAUCACUCAGGCUUCUUCCAGACGACUCUCCAGCCUGCUGGUGUACCAAAGGACCCUCGCCCUCUCAAGGACAGGUCUUUCCAAAUGAAGAUGGGUCAAGAGUUGAUGGAGUACAUGGCACAAAACGAUUUCGAAAUGCAGAUGAGCCAUACCUUGUCACCCAAUGUCAUGAAGUCUCCAACACAAAAGGACUUCAACUACAUGUUCCAGUGGCUGUACCAUCGCAUCGAUCCUGGCCACCGGUUUCUAAAGAACAUCGAUCAGGAAGUCCCGCCGAUCUUGAAACAGCUUAGGUAUCCAUUCGAGAGGAGCAUUACCAAGAGCCAGCUGGCCGCCGUCGGUGGCCAAAACUGGAGCACUUUCUUAGGUCUACUGUAUUGGAUGAUGCAGCUGGUGCAAAUGCUGGAGGGCUAUGCUGCCAACAAGUAUGCAGACGCCUGCAUGGAGGCCGGUGUGGAUGUUAGUGGCGACCACAUUAUUUUUGACUUUUUGAGCACGGCAUACAAGGACUGGCUUGCUAUGGACGAGGACAUGGGCGACGACGAUGCCGAACGGGUUCUCGCACCACACAUCGACGCCAUGGCGAGGGCUUUUGAGGAUUCAAACGCCAAGUACGUUUCGGAACUUGAAAUGCUCGAGGCCGAGAACACAAGACUGCACAAGGAAAUCGAGGACUUGCAAAAAGCAACACCUGAUCCGGCUGUGCUAGAUGACCAUUUCAAAAUCAUGGAGGAGGACAAGAUCAAAUUUGAAGAGUACAACACGUUGGCUCUACAGCGAUCUGAGAAGUAUGGGCAUCGCAUUCAAGUUUUACAUGAAGAGUUGGAUAAAAUGGCGGACGAAUUGAAAGAGGUCGAAGAUGAACGAAGGAGACUUCAAAAGGCGGUUGAUGCACAGGGUAUCAGCAUGCAGGAUAUUGACCGCAUGAACUCUGAGCGUGAGCGCCUCCAGAAGGGCAUUGAAACUGCCAGCCAAAGGCUCGACGAGAUCAAGAAGAAGGUUGCAGAGAAAGAAUCAGAAGCCGGCCACAAACUCGAAGACCUCGAGCGCAUGGUGGACAAGUACAACACCCUCGCAUACCAAAUUGCCAUGAUUCCGCCCACAGCCGCAAACGCCAGAGGUCGAGAUUAUGAACUGCGACUCACCAUCAGCGACAGCUCCGACUUCACGUCGGUCAACCUCAAUGCGUCUGGUAGUGUGGCGCCAUCUGCCGAGCGCUUAUUAGCCGAUGCAACAACCGGAUACCACCCCGGCCACAUUCUCAACCUGGAUCUUCGCGGACAAGUUCGAAGCAGCUUCCUGACGCUGCGGAAGGACAUCUCCGACCGACGAAGCGCGGCCAUGGAAGACAUGAUGAAAGACCAUGACUUGCUGGACGGUAUCAAGGAGGCCAUCGAGGACAAGCGGAGCGAAGUUGAAGCGCUGGAACAUCGUGUAAGGGCGGCGGAGGAGGAGUAUGAGAAGACAAAAGAGGUGACGACAGCCCAGAAAUUGGGUUCAGAUGCCCAGAUUGAAAAGAUGGAGAAGGAACUGUCCAGAAUGCGAGCUGGACUGUCGGAAUCUGUUGAAUUUCUGGAGCAACGUGAAAUCAACACAACCAUCGAAUACGAACAGCUUGUCCUGAGGGCAAGCUCUUUGCGCGAGGAGCUGCACACGGAAAUUGAUCGCAUGCUGAACGAUGUCAUCAAGUUCAAGAUACAUAUCCAGAAAAAUUUGGACGACUACGAGGGAUUCGUGGCAGACGAGCUGGAGAAGGAACUCGGCGUUGACGAUUACAAAGACGACACCCGAUUGCUGGACUUGUGA